AUGGCGCUGCUGGACAAAGCCACCGAUUUCCGGCGAAGUGCGACCAAGACUAUGUCGGAGAGAUGGCAGACCUUCUCCAUGCCGGGAGCUUUCAGGCGGGCGAAGGAGGCCAUGACCGGUCCGGCAAAGAUGCCUCACGACCCUUUGGAGGACCAGCGUGCUGAGCUUGUCGAGCUGGAUGCCUUGAUUUCAAUUCUGGGCACCUGUGCCAGCACCCUGUCCACCUCCGUCGACAUGCUGGCAGCUGCGCCGAAACCUUUGUUUGAUCCCCUCAGCCGCUUCUACAGUCAGGGCAUGCCCGGCAGUGCAGCCAUCCAAAGACUUUGUCUUCAAAUGGACGGCUUUGCCAGCCAUGUCAAGGAGCACGAGGCGGAGAUGGAGGCAUUGCAAAACAAGCUCCGGGGCUUGUCUGAACGAAACAGGACUGUCCAUCAGUCUUUCUCAUCGAGGGAUGCGGCUUGGACAAGUCAGGACCACUACACCAAGAAACUGGAGAAGCUCCGGGAUCAGAUUGCCAAGAGUGGCAGUUCGUCUGGACUGGUGGAGAAGCUCAACAGAAAUGAGGAGAAGAAGCGACACAGCCAGCAGGAAUUUGCAACACGAACCAGCGAGACAGGACGACAAGUAAACGAGGCCCUGUCGAACAGGUGGCAAGAAGUUGGAGAGGUCGUGGCUGAGAUGUGCCAAUAUUACACAGUUGUUUUUCAGGCCGCCGGGACGUUGAGGCAGGAACUGCAACAGGUUUGUGCAGAGCUGACGAAACCCUCCACUACACAAGCGCUUGCCCGCAUGGGUCGGGAGAUUGCGUCUCAAGCACAGGAGACGGCAAACACCUUCGUCGACUCACUCAGGGCCAGGUGUAGCAAGUGGAAUGAGGGUGAAGGAACAGGUUCCGGCCCUCUGGCCUUGACCCAUCAGUACAGAUCAUCAAGGUCCAGCUCCCAAGAGGCCUUCUCCUCCGAAGGUGGCGAGAUAAUCGAGGGGCGCCCAGUGGCUUCCGGCUACUCGAACGGGGCAAGCUGGCCGGCUGCGCAAGGAUGGCCCGUGCCAUCCUCGACUUGGCCAAAUGAGGCCAUGGGAGCUCAGCAGAGCCAGCCGCGAUCCCCAUGGGACACGAAGGACCGCAGAGAGGUGAGAAGCCCCUGGGGCUGA